AUCCGACAUUUCGAAUUCCUUGACUUGUUUAUAACUAGCCUUUUGAUAAUUUCUAUUGUAUUUUGCAACUCAUGGAUUGCAUUUGGUGAAAAUACCUUUGAUGUACUUAAAUAUGGUGCCAAAGGAGAUGGCAAAUCUGAUGAUACACAAGCCUUUGAGAAAGCAUGGAAUGAUUUAUGUGGAACAAAUCAAGGAACUCCAACCCUUGUUGUACCUGCUGGACAUACAUUUCUUGUGCAUCAAACAAUUUUCCAAGGUCCCUGCAAAUCUAAAAAUGUUCAUAUUAAGAUUGAUGGAACUAUACUAGCACCAUUGAGAAGUAACUGGGGUUCAUGUUCAAAAAGAUGGCUUCAUUUUCAUACUGUGCUUGGUAUGACAGUUGAUGGAUCUGGAGUGAUCAAUGGCAGGGGUGAAGAUUGGUGGAAAGAUGCUUUACUAUUUGAAAGAUGCGAUGGACUUCAAUUUAACGGGAUCACUCAAUUAAAUGGACCGGGAUUUCAUCUAUAUAUAGUCCAUAGCGAAGAUGUAACAAUCUCAAAUAUUAACAUAAGUACUCCAGCAUAUAGUCAUAAUACUGACGGAAUUGAUAUCUCAAACUCAAUUAGGGUUAAUGUUCGCGACUCUGCAAUACAAAGUGGUGAUGAUUGCAUUGCUAUCAAAGGGGGUUCACAAUUCAUCAACGUCACUAAAGUUACAUGUGGACCAACUACUCAUGGCAUUAGUAUUGGGGCUUUAGGGGAUGGUCAAGAUGAGGAAUUUGCAGAAAGUAUAAACGUCAAGAAUUGCACAUUCAAUGGAGCUUCUAGUGCAGUAAGAAUCAAGACAUGGCCGGGUGGAAAAGGAUACGUUAAAUCCGUUAUUUACGAUCAGAUCAUAGUCAAUAAUGUAGAUAAUCCUAUACAGAUUGAUCAACAUUACAUGAGAACUCCAGAAAAGAAAGACUCACUUAAAGUGAGUAAUGUAACAUUUAGUAAUAUUCAAGGAACAUGCAGUGGUGAAAACCCUAUUGUGCUAGAUUGUGCCAAGAUAGGGUGUGACAAUGUUAACUUGAAACAAAUCAAAAUUACACAAGUUGAUCCAAAGAAGCCAAGUAAAACAAUAUGCAAUAAUGUUAAAGGGACAAUAAAUGCUGAUGUUUCACCUCCCUUACACUGUGUACAAACGUAAAGCAGAUUGUGAUUUUCUGUAUUUCAUUGUAUAAUAACUUCCCGGAGCAGCUAUU